AUUGAAUUAGAAUGUGUUUGAACAACUUGCGAUUGUAAAGUACUUGGAAUCGCCGCGCCGCAUGAAUUCCUUCGAUGGAGCUGUACCAACAGUUCCUUCUGACUGAAGAUAUUCUCAAGAAUAUCAUAAAUGAUGCAAAACAAAACAUUCAAGCGACAUUCAACGAAAUUACUGCUGCUUUGGGAGGCAUUGAAACCUGCGUGGAUGAUGGUGUUAUGAGUGAAGACCUUGAGAAACAGAUUGAAAAAACUGAAGACCCCCUGUUAAAGCCAGUCGUUAGUCAAAAGCGAAAAGUGAGAACGAGCAUCCACUCCGCAAGAUGUGAACACAGUCCUUUAAACCGUUCGAAAUUAAACCAGGUAGUGGACUCGCAUAAAUCGCCGGCUAAAUUGCUAAAGAACUCCAGAAAGUUGAGUAAGCAGUUGCGUGGUGCGAAAGAUAGUCCGAAGCAAACUGAACUUAAAAAUCCGAGUGGCAAUAUGUGCGACCUUAAGAGCCAUAAGCCCCAGCUUUUGGAUCCAAGCUUCCUUCAAACAACUUUCUGUCCUACAGAUAAAGAAUGUCUGUUUUCAGCUAAUAUUUCCAACUCUGAACCACAAAGCAAGCGAACUAGCAAUGUUGAGGAAAGAAAGUGUGAUCAAAUUAAUGAGAGUGAACUUAAUAUCUCCAGAACUGGGGAAAUACAAAUAUCUGCUCAAAAGUUGUCAGAGAAAAAACGAAAACUAUCGAUGGAUACUUCAGAUUACCAACCACUCGUCAAACGUAUCAGUUUUAAUAAGAUAGGGUUGACUACAGAGUCAAAACAUGAUGCCGAAGAUGAGGCGCCACCGAAAGAUGAACAGUUACUAAAUUUGACUAUGCCUUUAGGUCAUGCUCCUACAACUACAGCAUCAUCCUCCACUAAUACCACAAAGUCUCCUAGCCUCGAGUCAGCUACUUCUCUUUCCGAUUCAUCAAGUGCUCCUCCACGAAGUAAUGUAAAUAACAACAAUAGUACAUUUGUAAGCAAAUCACCGUUUGGUGACUUAUCAAACAUACAAAAAUUACCAUGUCCUUCCACGUUUUCAACUGAAACUCAAACGAAACAUAUUCCAAGACUUCCAGUUCCCGCAACUGAUAAGAGAAUUACUUCUCUUGAAAACAAGACUGCCAGUACUUGUGGCAAAUCGCGUUUGUUUUCAUCUACCGAAAGAUUGGGUGGUGUUUCGAGACUCAAUUCUCUAAAUCACCCCAUUCAGGCAUCAAAACCAAGAACAGGUUCAAAGUUAAAUUCCAUCAACGAAAAAGUAUCCGUUAAUACAUCUUUAAAUGGCUACUCUAAUAAGCACAAGAAUCGAUCUGGUUCCGUUUUAUCUGAUAAAGAGCAGCGUAUUGAAGCCAAAAGGCAAGUAUUUAUCGAACAAAUGGAGAAGAGAGAAGAACGCCUGCGAGCUUUCCAGGACGCUCAGAAGCAAAAAAUGGAAGCUCGUAAAAAGGCGAAUGAAGAACGCUUUCUUGCUGUCCAACAACGAUAUCAACAAAUGCUGCAGGGCAAUCAUCUUCAAUUGAAAGAAAGCAAUACUUCUGUUACUUCCGUUCAGCCAAGUAACGUAAGUGCUAAACCAUUGCAGCCUACUACUGUAAUGAAAAAGUGUCAUGUAACUUUAAAUCCUAUGGAUCAUAAUACGUUAAAAUUACAAAAUAAACCUGUUACAAUUAUCAAGCAAACUCAACCGAACACCUGCCCCAAACCCCAGCCGGUUUCUAAACUCAAUACAAUCCAACCAACAAAACUGCAAACUCAUGAGAAAGUAAUCACAACUCAAAAAGUAUCACUAAUAUGCAGCCCAGUUGUCAAUGAGUCAUUCGAUAUAUCACAGUUGAAUUCCGAUUCAGAAUCAGAUGACGAUGAACCAAAUAUGAAAGUUCCCGGUUGGUGUCGUAAAGGAAAUCCUGAAAUGAUAGCGGCAAUGUCUGAUGUUUAUUCAAACAAACUGAAAUGGCAAAAUGAAUUCCUACCUGCAUCAAUGAUAACUUUUGAUAUUAGUGAUGUAUUCCGUAAUUAUCAGUAUACCAUUCGACCACGUACAAGCAGUGGUAUAUGGAACACUCCUGGUGCUUCAAAGAGUUCUACUGGUCGUUCGAUUUUAAAGAAGAUACUUUUAUGAAUACAUACUAAGUUCUCAAAAACUUGUACAUUCAUUUUUUUAUUAACAUACUUCUAUUUGUUUGUGUACUCCUGUUAUAACCUACUUCACUAACUUUGCUUUUAUUACUUAUAUUAAAUUAUUGGAUAUAUCUAUAGUUCCAAUUAUACAUAAUCCUUCCGGUUGUUAAAAAAUUGACCUUAUCGUAUAUUCGUGUUAAGAUUUGUUAAUUAUCUUAUGUGAUUUUCUUAAUGAUAGAACGGUAUAUGUGUAGUGUUCCUGUGUUUUAUUUUUGUAUUGUUGGAUUCUGG